AUCUUUUUAUUUUAUUAUGAAUUCCAAAUUAGUAAGUUUUCUUGUACUUUUGACAAUCGUUCAAAGUUUCGGCCAUGAAGGCUGGGAGCCGUGGAAUGAAGAAGUAGCGCGUGGAACGACGGUUGGCUUGGCCUGCGAUCAUCCAUUCUGCGUGGCACCUUGUCCAGGAACUGCACCUCCUCGCUACUGUCCUGCAAACAUGACCAAGUGUAUAUCUGGUUGUGCAUGCAUGCUCGAGUGCCAAUCGCCAACAUACGUCUGUUUUCCAACGAAAUAUUGCAUUUCAAGACGUAGAUAUUUGUCGAAAAGGCCAACUACUGCGAUUGUUUAACCUCAAAUUAAAUACGGAACUAUAAAUAGAUGGUGACCGAAUAAAUUGUUAUCAAAAUAAAUUUCUUUUGAUAUA